AUGACGGCUGAGAUUAACUUCAAGGGAUAUGAUCCUUUUGCCGACACCGGGGAGGGAGUUGGUGGUACUCCUGGCAUGCAGGGCUCUCUAAUCCACAUUAGAAUUCAGCAGAGAAAUGGACGCAAGACACUGACCACAGUGCAGGGAGUGGAUCCUAAAUACGAUUUCAAGAAAAUUGUAAAGGCGGCCAAGAAGGAGUUUGCAUGUAAUGGCACAGUAGUAGAGCAUCCCGAGUAUGGGGAGGUAAUCCAGCUACAAGGAGACCAGCGUGAACACAUCCGUACUUUGCUCAUUAAAGUCGGCAUCGCUACAAAUGAACAGAUAAAGGUACACGGCUUCUAA